AUGCUGAAGAAUGCAGGAAGAUUCUUCGAGCGAAUGAAGAGCGAUGAAGGCUUGGUGAACGAAUGUCAGAAGCAGUUCAAGAUUGAUCACAGAGAAGCUAUUGAAGAGAUUAUCAGAAAACUACGUGCUGGGGAACGAUCCCCUGAGAAAUUAGAAUUGAGAGAGUUGUCUGGUGGCUUCUUUGGCGAAACGAGGAGUCUUGCUCAUACUCAGAAAGGCGAAGUAGCAGGUUUUACAUGGAACAAGCGGUACAUCACUUUCUAUGCAGACUUCUUCGUGUUGAUGCAACUCGGAGAUUUGGUAGAAUGGGACAAAGAAAAUGGGCCAAAUAAGGAUAUGCUCGCAGACUACAUCUUUCUCCCGGAUGUAAAUUUCAGCUGGAAACGCGUUUCGAAAGAAGAAAUCAUGGUCAUAAAUAGGUCCAGAGAGUGCACUCUCCGAGUGAAAGAGGAGGCAGACUACAAUGUCAUCUUACAGCACUUAUGCGCACUUCAGUACAUAACGAUGAAUAAGGAUCAUUUAUCAGAUGAGAUUAAAGUACCUAUUCAUGAAAGGAAUGAGGUUAUAGAGUUUCUCUCUGUCAACGGAAAUGAAGCGCUCGACUGGCAUUUCGCUGACUCAAUUGAAAAUGCCACUGAGCGGGUGUUCAUCGCAGAUUGGCAAAUUUCACCGAUGAUCUAUCUGAAAAGAGAUUACGACGGAGCCCAUUCUUGUGGCAUGGGCACUGGAACUUAUUGGCGCCUGGACCAAGUUUUAAAAAGAGCAGCAAACCGAGGAGUGCGAAUUUAUAUUCUCGUCUAUCAAGAUCCAAGCGCUCUUGGACUCCGUAAUUACGAAGCGACGAAAUAUCUACGGAAGUUCAACCGUCCAGAAGCUCACAUUGCCGGCGAACUCCACGGGAAAGACAUUUGCCAAGGAAAUGACUGCAUCUGGAAGAAACAUGCCAAUUUCUUUACCCUGACGCAUCCGACUCUGGACGGGCCUAAUAAAUGGUCGCAUCACGAGAAAAUAGCCGUUGUUGAUGAUAAAAUUGCUUUUAUUGGCGGUUUAGACUUGAGCAUGGGCAGAUGGGAUGUUCACGGAAAGUACCCAAUGUUUGACCCAGAUAGCAGAACUUUCAAGGGAUUCGAUUAUUGGAGCCAAUUCAACUCGAAACCAGAUCAGAAUCUGAUCGAGUGUCGGCACGAGACCAUCGGAGAAAACGGAUCCAGAACUCACUGCCUUUUUGACGAGACUGUAAGCUAUCUUGAUCGACAAUCUGAAGCGCGAUCGCCCUGGCAUGACAUCGCCUGUCGACUUCAAGGAGAAGCAGCGUUCGAUGUCUCACUACAUUUCAUUGAACGAUGGAAUAUGACGACGCACACAGCGUAUCAAUCGGCUGUAAAAAUCAACCUGCCUGUUUUCCGAAAGAUCCGCGUGUUCAAUCCGUUCGAUAAAAUGCAGAAACAGUACAUUGUUCCAAGAAUUAGAAGUAAAGUUGUUAGAAGUCAACCGGUUGUGGCAGAUGGCAUACCCAUGGCUGGAGGAGAAGUUGCCCGGCAAAUUGAGGAGGUCAAUACAAGAUGCCAAAUCAUUCGCUCAUCAGCAGCAUGGUCUGCUGGCCUGAAGGAAACAGAACGGACCAUCUACGAUAAUUACAAGGAACUCAUUCAAAGCUCACAAAGAUUUAUCUUCAUUGAGAACCAAUUCUUUGUGACUACAUGCGGAGAUUUCAACACUGAUCCCAAACUACCACAAAAUCAAAUCGCUCUAUUUCUUUGUGAAAGGAUCAUUCGAGCUUUCCGCGAGCGAAAGGAAUUCAAAGUCUACAUCGUGAUUCCAUGCAUUCCUGGCUCUGGAGGAAGCUUGGAAGAGAACACAGCAGCUGGCCAGGAAAUUCUACUGCACAUCACAUAUGAAAGCAUUUCGAGAGGUGGAAAUUCAAUUUAUGAAUAUCUCAAGAGAUGCGAGCCAACCAUCGAAGUGGAAGACUAUAUUUACUUCGCAAGCUACCGAACUCACGAAAUGUACAACGGCGGGCUACACCAAGCAGUUGUAUACCCUCACUCUAAACUGAUGAUUGUUGAUGAUCGCUUCACUAUUAUUGGCUCGGCAAAUAUCAACGACCGAUCACUCAUCGGCGACCGUGACAGCGAAAUCGGUGCGAUAAUUGACAACGAAUGCUUCGCAAGAUCACUGCGUGUUCGAAUCUGGUCAGUUGCUCUCGGUGAUCCUGAGAAUCUAGUGCAGACUGCACUCCCGCCCGAAUCGGGAGAAUUUUUUAAAUAUUGGAAAGAUAGGGCAAAGUUCAACUAUCAGCUUUUCGACGAAGUAUUCUGUAUCUUGCCAAACAACACGGUUUACUCUCUUCCGGGAAAGUUUGAAGCUGCUUCUGAAGACUGGAAAGAAUGGAAGCAAAGAUACGACAACCGCCCGGCAAAAACUCAAGUCGAAGCAGGUGCAGCCCGAAUGGCUCAAAGAAGAGGAUACCUCGUCAGCCAUCCGCUCGAUUUCCUCAAGAAUGAGGAUCGCGUCGACGAAAUCAGCGAUUUCUUCAAGAACCCUUCAGCCGCUUUCACAAAGGAAGGCAUAACGCAAUUCCUAGACGGAACCAUGUUCCAAUGA